AUGCUGGGAGCUGUGAAGAUGGAGGGCCACGACCACGUAGAGUGGAGCGGCUACUACGCGGAGGCCGAGUGUUACCCCGCCGCAGGGACCAUGAAUUCCGGUCUAGGAGUGAACUACAUGACCGCCGCCAACGUGAGCGCGACUCCCGUCAACGUGUCCUACAUGAACGGGACGGCUGUCAGUCACCCGGCGUCCGGCCUGUCACCCGCCGGCUCCGGCUCCUCCGCGCACGGGAUGGGGACGACCAUCGCCGGCUUGGGCUCCGGGAUCGCCCCCAUCGGCACCGUGAGUCCCCUCGGCUCGCAGCCUCCGUCCGUGAGCGUCGUGCCCCCCUCCUACGGCAGCAUGGCGGUGAUGAACCCGGUCUACGGACCGGCCGUCCGAGCCAGAGACCCCAAGACGUACCGGCGGAGUUACACGCACGCCAAGCCGCCGUACUCCUACAUCUCCCUCAUCACCAUGGCGAUCCAGCAGUCCGCCGCCAAGACGCUGACGCUGAGCGAGAUCUACCAGUGGAUCAUGGACCUCUUCCCCUUUUACCGGCAGAACCAGCAGCGCUGGCAGAACUCCAUCCGGCACUCUCUCUCCUUCAACGACUGUUUCGUCAAAGUGCCCCGGACCCCGGACCGGCCGGGCAAAGGCUCCUUCUGGGCCCUCCACCCGGACUCCGGGAACAUGUUCGAGAACGGCUGCUACCUCCGCCGGCAGAAGCGCUUUAAGAGCCACGGAGCGCGCGCCAAGGACGCGGGCGGUGAGGCGGAGGGCGGCGGCGGGCCGGGCAGCCGCGCCGGAACCGGCACGAAUCCGAACCCCGCCUCCGGUAAAGCGGACGGCAAAAGGUCCGCGGCGAAACCGGCGCCGCGGAGUCCCGCUCGCGUCCCGUCCCCCGUCCCGCAGACGCACCAACCGCUCCCCCAUCACCAACACCCGUUCCUCGUGCACGACGCGCACGCCCACCUGAAAGCGGAGCACCACCACCACCACCACCACCAACACCACCACUACUCCUUCAACCACCCGUUCUCCAUCAACAACCUGAUGUCGGCCGAGCAGCAGCACCACAAGGCGGACUGGAGGCCGUGCGAGCCGGCGGUGCAGUACGGACUCGGUCCGUCGGUUCUGGCCGCCAAAGGCGGCUUCGACGGCCCGGUCAGCGAGCCGUCGUAUUACCAAGGUGUGUAUCCCCGCUCCGUCACCAACCCCUCGUAA